AAUGACAGUAUGAAGGAUUCAUUCAAAUAAAAAAUACUUGAGCUGUGUACAUUUUAAUUUAUUAAAAAGUAAACAAACAGGCAUUAAAUUCAAAGUCUUAUCCUCAUACCAUAACUGCCCAAGUCCUAUUUUUUCAGGUCAUAGCCAGCGAUGACAGUAAAGUGAUGCAGAUAUCAUAUUCAUCAGAUGUCAUAUAUCAUGAAUAUCUACUAUAACAUAUCAGAUAUCAUAAUUUGGCCAAAAAUCUGACUUAGUAAUUAUGCUAUCAGACUAAUGAAAUGCAGAUUAGUCAUAAAUACAAAGCCAAAAAACCUUCAGUAUGUGUUAUUUGUGCAUUAGAAGACCAUCCUGGGUCACACUGACACACCUGGGAGCUUCACACACAGGUUUACUCAGCUAGACUUAUCUCCAAGGUUGAUUCGUUCCUCUUUUUCCUCUCCUGGCUGAGUUAUGGAAAUGUUAAGCAACCGUGUGAGAGCAGGUACAAGUGGACUAUAAAAGGACCAACGAACAGGACUGACCCUCUGCUGAAGACCGUCACUAUGAAGUUUGUGAUCUUGGCUUUGUUUGUUGCUGGUGCCUACGGCUGUGGUCUGCCCACCUACCCCCCUGUGCUGACCAGGGUGGUCGGUGGAGAUGACGUCCGUGAGCACAGCUGGCCCUGGCAGGUGUCUCUGCAGUACAAGAGCGGCAGCAGGUUCUACCACACCUGUGGUGGAACUCUGAUCUCCGACCAGUGGGUUCUGACCGCUGCUCACUGCAUCGGCAGCCGCACCUACAGAGUCUACCUGGGAAAGCACAGCCUGGAAACCGACAACGAGGCCGGCUCCAUCGCCAUCAGCCCCGCCAAGAUUGUCGUCCAUCCCAACUGGGACUCCUACAGAAUCCGCAACGACAUCGCUCUGAUCAAGCUCUCCACCCCCGUUAAACUGUCCAACACCAUCAUGCCUGCCUGCCUCCCACCCUCUGGUCAGGUCCUGCCUCACGACUCUCCCUGCUACGUCACUGGAUGGGGACGCCUCUGGACUGGAGGUCCCAUCGCUGACAUCCUGCAGCAGGCCCUCCUCCCCGUGGUCGGCCACUCCACCUGCAGCAGACCCGACUGGUGGGGCAGCCUGGUCACCAACAGCAUGGUCUGUGCCGGAGGUGAUGGACAGCUGGCCAGCUGCAACGGAGACUCUGGUGGCCCCCUGAACUGCCAGACCUCCGAUGGCUCCUGGGACGUGGUCGGUGUGGUGAGCUUCGGCUCCAGCAUGGGCUGCAACUACCCCAAGAAGCCCUCCGUCUUCACCAGGGUCAGCGCCUACAUGUCCUGGAUCAACAACGUGAUGACCACCAACUAAGACGUG